AUGCAUGCUCUCGAAGUUGCUGAAGGACAUCCUAUCAAAUCUAUUCGCGAUGGAGUCAGUGUGCAAGACCAAGUAGUCGCCCUCAUAGGGCACACUUAUAGGGUCUGCCCUGAGGCGGAACAGCUUGCUCUUUUAUGGAGCCUUGCCGACAAUUUCUCUCCUGCUGGCCCCGAACGGGCGUCCUGUGGCAGCAGUGGACCAUCAAGUAUGGAAACGUCCGUCUCCAGUUCUCUCAACCAACUUUACUCGGGGCCAAAUAAAAAGACCGAACACGCAGUGGAACUCUCUCAGUAUACUUGCAUGCUAAACCAAAUGGCACAAAAAGAAAAUAAGGCAUUUCAGCGGAUCAAGGAGGAAACCAUCGCCCUUGAACCGCCUUUGUUCAGGGUGACAGUCCAAUAUGGGGAUAUCAGCUGUUCUGGUAGUGCUCGGACUAAGAAAAAAGCGGCGCAUUUGGCUGCCCACAGUAUUUAUAGCCAAUUGAUUGCAAAUGAAUGA